UACGAGUGCGAGCCGAACCAUUGUCGAUAUGCCUGGUGGAAGUUGCGGCGACGAUGGCACUAUCAUUGGCGUUUUAACUGUGGACGGUUGCUACUCGCACUCGCUGGCGGAUUAACGGCAUAAAUAUUUAAAUAGAUAUAUGUAUUUCGCAUACAUAUAUACCGUUAUAUCUGGAGCUACUAUGUACUAGUAGAGGGGAAGCGUUUGAAGACGAAAAAAAUUUCAUUCUGUAUGUGUGUCAUUCAAACAUAAGUCUUACAUAUUCCUACAAAGCGCUGGUUACAUAAAAGCCCACAAACAAACAAUUUAACCAAUUCAAUUAUCUAUGUGUUCGGCAGUGUUCAAAUAACGAUUCACAUUAAAUGCAAGUCACAACAAUACUAUGGUUACAGACGUUUAAAAAUAUAUAAAAAAAAUUUUGCACCAGAACAGUUGAUAAAAGAAACUUAAAAUAACGACUUAAAACAAAAAUAAAUUCGAAAUAAUUCAACUUGAAAGACAAUACGCCCAUCAACACACUACAAAGUUAAAAUGGCCGAUAAAAAAAUUGGUGAAUACUAUGCACCACCUGUGAAAAUGGGCAAAUGGGAGGGUUUCAAAAAAUUCCUAUGGAACAGUGAAACUAGCCAAUGCCUUGGACGCACCGGAUCCAGUUGGGCGAAAAUUCUCCUAUUUUACAUAAUUUUUUAUGCGGCGUUAACUGGUUUUUUUGCUGCAAUUUUCACUGUAUUUUAUCAAACUUUGGACAAUGAAAAGCCAAAAUGGAUGCUUGACAAUGGUUUGAUAGGGUCCAACCCAGGUCUAGGCUUUCGACCAAUGCCACCGGAAGCGAAUGUUGAGAGCACAUUAGUUUGGUACGAGUCAUCAAAGAAGGAUAACUAUAAGUACUGGGUGGACGAGACUUCACGUUUUCUGAAAUAUCACACGUACCAAGAUCUUGAGAAGCAAAAUCAAGUGAACUGUAGCUUUGAACAUCCACCACAAGACGACAAGGUCUGCGGCAUUGACUUCUCCAGCUUCUCGCCAUGUACAGCUGACAACAACUUUGGCUACCACGUUGCCCGGCCAUGUAUAUUCCUUAAGUUGAAUAAGAUUUACAAUUGGAUACCAGAAAUUUACAACGAUUCUAAGACUUUGCCAGAUCAUAUGCCAGAGGAACUAAAACAGCACAUCAAGGAAAAGCAAAGUCUUAGGCCCAAUGAAACAAAUGUAGUUUGGGUCUCGUGCGAGGGAGAAAAUCCCGCUGAUGUCGAGAACAUAAAAGCACGCGACUACUAUCCCCGAAUGGGAUUUCCUCGUUACUAUUUUCCGUUUAAAAACAUUCAGGGAUAUAUACCGCCCAUUGUUGCUGUUCAAUUUACCGUUGAAACCGGCGUUUUGAUCAACAUUGAAUGUAAAGCUUGGGCCCGCAACAUUAAUCACGACCGUUCAGACAGAAGAGGAUCCGUUCACUUCGAGUUGAUGGUUGAUUAAGAGAGUCGUUGGGAAGAUGUCAUUGGAGAGAAGAGAUCGGCCGUAUUAUAAAGUGGGCAUCAAAAAAUAAAUGAGAAAAUAAAAUAAAGGAAUGGAAUAUAGAAAAAAAAAACUGACAACAAAACCCACACAGAAUAGAUACGAGAAAAAUGUAGUAGCGCAGAAACGUCAGGUUAAAGCAAAAACAAAAACAAAAAAAAAACAAAAAACGAACGUGCGAAAUACAGCAGCAACCAAAGAGAAAACUAACAAAAAAAAAAAGCUACAAAAACCAAUGAAAACCUUUUAGAUAAAAUAAAACUAGCUCCAUAAAGCAAAACAAAAAGCUAAGAAUAUAGAGCCCUACCCAACGCUAAAUACACAAAACCCCACGCAUAUUCAAGGAAAAACCUUAUUUUUUUAUUUUUAUUCAUAGCUUCAUUUUGACAGCAAAUAGGCAGAAGCAUAAAAAAAACGUGUUACCUCUUUCAAUUAUUGUUUGUUUUUUAGUUUAAUUUUUUUACCCACAUAUAGCAAGAAACGAUAAGUACCACAGUCAAGAGUACUUAAAUGCUAACAUAUUUUGUACUUAAACAAUUACCAAAGUUCAAUACCUUAUCCCAUCCUUAAAAGCAAGCAAAGGUUUUUGAAAUAUCAUUUGGUUUAUUCAAUAUAAUGUAAAAAAAUAUUAUUUUCCCCACUUGGAAAAAUUAUAAUUACAUAAUGCCUAAUACUUUUUUGUGUUAAUACUGCGUUUACAAUGCAUCGAGAACAUAAAUUGUAGUUUCUUGAAAAGAAUUAAACCACAACUGGAAUUAGAAAACUAAAACGAAAAAAUCUUUAUGAAAACUUAAAUAAAGGAAAACUGAAAAGAAAAUCGAGGCAUAUAUCUAUUGAAGCCUCUUUAAUUAUUAUUGAAAGCUGCAAAUCCGGGAUCACCGAUGGAUAAAUCGCAUUAAGCUACAUAAAUUAAAUUAAUAAAACCGAAGAAAACAGAAUAAACUGCAUAAAUAACUGAAUAAAAUGUAAAAAUAUUACUGGUUGCAAUAAUAAUGAGCAUAUAAAAUUAAAAUAUAUAAUGUAUACUACACUACAGAAAUAAAUUCAAGUUGCUUUACCCAAUUUACCCGUGUCCAUCAUAUGUGUGUUUUACAGCGAAAUCCAGGAGAGUUCAGAAUUUCUUAGUCCAUCCGUUCCCAUAGUUAAGUUCCUGAUAAGUCAAUCAUCCUUCGGGAUGCAGAAAGUGGCAUAUGAACUGCAAUAUACUAUAUGUAUAUUAUAUAAAAUUUUGUUAUUUACUCACAGGCAACCCGUUGACCAGAUUGUGGAAAUCAUAAGAGAAAUUUGAGUCACCCCUUUUCCAUCCACUUAACAAGAUACAUUUCUUUGAUCGUAUAGGGUAUUGAGCCAUAUAAAUGAUAAAGUCUUGCUAAAAAUAAGAAAAUGUGCAGCCUAAAUAAAUUAAAUUAUAUGAUAAACUUAAUUUCAUUAAAAGAUAUUAAACAGAAAAAUCUCAAGAGAAAAUAAUUCACAAAAUUAAAAGAAAUCGAAAUUGAAAUAUUGAUGCCAUGUCCAUUUCUAUUGCAAACUUAAUUAUAUUUUGAAGUCGCAUUUGACUUCAUCAAAUUUAUUGAGUUUAUUCAGUCUAUGUUAUUAAAAUAUAAUCUUUAAAAUACCAUGUAAAAUGGUUAGAAAAUGUAAUACGGAAAUGGUUUUCUAAAAUCUUUGUAGUGCAUGUUUUCCUAAGACUAAGCUUAACAAAUUAUUAAAUAAAAGUAAUAAGUUAAGAAGUAAAACGAAAUUGCAGCAAAAAUUUUAAUUUUUAACCAAAAUUCUGGUUGGGAGAUCGUUUGAAAUAUGUUUAUCCUUCAGGUAACCGCGGGCAGAAGUACCUUUAAAUUGAGUUAGAAUAAGCUUAUUAAUUUCUUUUAAACAAAUUUAAACUUGAAUGUUUUUUUUAAUUUACAAUUUUCCUGGUAAAGCGUAAAUGAAUAUUAAUAGGUUAACUCGGGUAACAUCACAAUAUUUUUAUUAAAUAAAUAUAUUCCAAGCACAUCACAAUAUUUUUAUUUAAUAAAUAUAUUCCAAGCACAUAAAAAACCACUGAUAAAUAAAUAUUUUUCCCAGAUGCUUCUAAACUAAAAAAAUGAUGUUGAUCAGUUGCUGAUUGGAAUCGUCUGCCAGCGGUUGCCAAUAACUCGCUAUGAUUCGUUUUCGAAUAAAAUAUUACUUUAAAGACUAAACAUCAUUUAAUAAAAUUAUAUUGAACAAGUAUAUAAAUAAACUGCCAUUUUUUAUGCAUUAAUAAAAACGUAGGAAAAAAAACAUAAAAAAUUAAAUUUUUGUAAGUAAGCCGGCAACAAAGGUUUUUCAAUGAUUGUUUUAGAAAUUCCAAAAAGUCACAUAUUUAUAUAUAUGCCCAUUGUUCAGAUUUCGGUCUCCCACAGAAAAGUGAAACACACUGGAUCGUGUUUACGAAUCAACGAUAAUUGAUCAUAUUUUCGUUUAUUUGCGAUUGGUAUAAAUUAACGAUAAAAUAUGAAAAAACUAGGGACAUUACCAAAAUUAAAUGAAAUAGAAAAAAAGUGUAUUUAAAUUAAACUUUAUAGCUCUAAGAAGGAUAACAUUUACAAAAUAUAUGCAAAUAUAUAUAUGUUAUAUGCAAAAAAUUAAAAACUGUAAGUAUGCAUUAAUUUAUAAUUCUUGGCUUACCACUAAAACCUAUUCAACCCAAAUCGUGACCGCAGUCCACGAAGAGUAUAAAUUCAAAAACUACAAUUUAUCAUUCGUAGAAAUAACUGUUUAUAAGCCAAAAUAAAUAUGUUUUUUCAAAAGUUAUUAGUCCUAAAAUAACAUAAAUCAAUAAUACGAAUUUGAUUUUCUAGUCAGGUCUAGGAAUUUCAAAAAUAAAUCCCAAGCUGCUUUUACAACUUCUUCUUUAAAGCAGAGAAAAUUAUUAAAAGGUUAACAAAACGAUGAACAACACAGCUUUUUUGUAUUAUUUAAAAAUAACUAUAAUAAAAAAAAAGCUAUAAUAUUAAAUGAAACUUUCAGAAGUAAAUAAAAACAGCUAAUAAAAGGAAAUACAAUGUGCUACAUAAUUCUUGAAAAAUAUCCCAUUAAAAAUGAAGUCAUUGUACACGUUACAAAGAAUAAAUUGUUUGACACAUUUUACUGAAUUCAAU